AGUCGGGUAAACAAAUGCCAUAAUGAUAAGACGCCGACGCCGCCCAGUCGCGCGCUCCCGCCCGCCCAGCGCACGUGUCGCGCGAACCGAACAACAAACAAAUCAUACCAUACAUGGAUAAGCAGCGGGCCGGCCCGAGUGCGCCCAGCGGGAGGUAUUGGGAGUACGAUAACGAAGAUAAUGAAAACGAAAAUAAUAGGCCCGGGAAUGAUGCAGGGAUAGUACGUCCUGGAGUUCAGAUGGCGGAUGCUGGAUACAUCCGUCCACAGGCGAGGUUAUCUAGCGAUGAUCACAGUAACGCUUGGAGCGCGGCGUGGGGAGCUAUGGCGGGCGCUGGGUCGGUGCUGCUUAUUGCAGCGCUUCUGCUGCUGUGGAGGAAGCCGAGGAAGCGGAACGCGCCGCUUCUAGCGCCGAUGGAUGUUGGGCAAAAUGAGAUGCUGAUACCAAAGGAGCAAUGCAGGGUGCAGCCGCUUAGCUGUGAGUCGCGGACGGCUAGCUCGUUACCGCACGCGCGCCUCGCCCGCACGCCCUCCAUAUCUUCACAGAGUAGCCUCGACAGCGGCACCUCCAGGGCAACGAGCCACCGUGGUUCGUCGCCUGCUAUACGCACUUUUGCACCGGACGGUCGUACUUUAGAAGCAGGCGGUCCAGGUCCAAGAUCACCUUCACCCCUCCGAGCGGCAUCUCUAGACGUCAGAGCAGCACCGCUCGCUCACGGCUCCUUAGCCUCAUUAGCGGACUCGCCUGCUCCGCCCAGCCCAAGACAUUUGCCACCACGAUGCCUCUCACCGCUGUUGAUGCCGCCAAGACGGAUAGACCGAAGCAACUCGCUAGUUGAGAGCAGUAGCGGUUUAGGACCUCUAAGCCCCGGCGCCGGAGCUGCUAUUAGCGCCCUGGGGGCCCUCCAACCAGACCUUUAUACGAAGCGGGAAGCGCCCCUUGUCAUCGAACUGGAGGGAUCUGGACCCUCGCUGGGACGCAUCCACCUACGCCUCAAAUACGACUUUGAUCGGUCUGAUUUGGAAGUGCACCUUAUAGAAGCACACGAUCUGGCUGGUUACGAGGCGGGUGGUUUCAAUGACCCCUAUGUGCGCGUGAGUCUCCUGCCCGAAGUGGACACUCGCGUACGGCAGACACCCGUCCACAGGAACGAAGCCAACCCGUUUUUCGACCAGCACUUUAAGUUCCCAGUCUCCCAUGAUGACUUGGGUGACAAGACUCUUCUUCUACAAGUAUUCGACUAUGAUAGAUUUUCUCGUAAUGAGGUAAUGGGUUCCGCCAAAGUGCCACUAUCUCGUGUGGAAGUAGCGGGCGGUGCGGAGAUAUGGGCGGAGGUGUCACGGGAGCGGCGACCGCCUGAGGAGCUGCAAGAGCUGUUGUUGUCUCUUUCAUACCUGCCCUCCGCUGAGAGGCUCACCGUGGUAGUGCUCAAAGCCAGAAACUUACUCCCGCCCCAAGAGGGCAAGGAUGCGUUAGAUGUAUAUGUUAAAGUGUAUCUACUAGUGAACGGGAAACGUGUGAAAAAGAAGAAGACUAAUAGGAAAGAGAUAAAUAAUCCUGUCUGGAAUGAGGCGCUGUCUUUCAGUCUGCCGUCCGCCAAUCUCCAAGAGGCUUCCAUUGAGGUGUGCGUGGUGGCGGGCGGCGGCGGUCUAGUAGUCGGGUGGUGUUGCGUCGGUGCCGCCGAGCCCGGCGCGGAGGGCCGCCACUGGGCGCAGGUGGCGCACGAAACGCGCAAGGCCGUCGCCAUGUGGCACACGCUCAGGUAGACGGACUACCACGCCGUGUGAACCUACCCACCGCGUACGCUGCACCUCUACUAACGAGCACAGAUCGUAAAUCAAGCAAGAGUACAUCCGAACAAACUAAUCGUCGAGUACGCAACGCUGCCAAGUUAUUACUAUAAAGCAUCCCACUGAUACACUAUUUUUAUAUAUAAAUGGAUACCCCUAGUCACAAAUAAAUAUUUACAUUUAAAUGAUAUAUUUACACUGUUCGAUUAAAUCAGCACGCAGAAUGCGGGACUUUUGCGCGCUCAUCUCAUUGGUCAAUAAACAGUGACUGUCCAAUGAAAAGUAACAGAAAUAACACACACAUCGCACUCGGAUAUCAUUGAACAGUGUAAAUGCGCCAUUAGAGUUGGCAAGAUGUUUAGAAAUCUGACAUUAGAAACAAAUUAUUGCCUGCCGUUGAUUCCAAUUUUAACGGUCUAAAACGACGACGGUCCGGCAAGGCAGCCGAAUGUUGAAAACUCUUUCGUUACAUUAAAUCGGUGCUCAUCAUUUGUGUCACCAUAAUGAGGAAGUAUUUAAAAAAAAACAAAAGCACUAAAAAGCCCUUACACUAGAUGGCGACUCAAGCAAAAGUUGUUUUUUGCAGGAAACGAAUGGGCCAAAGACAGUCAUUUCCGUUCCUUUUAACUAACAUAUUAAAAAACUGAAAUUUG